AUGGAUUCUUCUUCUUGUAUUACUGCAAAGUUUGAUACGCGAAGCACGCUUCAAGAAAUCAUUAAAAGGAAAAGAUCGAGUGAAAAUUUAGAUAGAUUUAUACCGAAUAGGUCAGCUAUGGACAUGGAUUAUGCGCGUUACAUUCUGACCGAAAGGAGGAAAGCCAAGGAGAAUCCACCUUCACAAUCGCUAUACCAGAAGCUUUUGGCCGAGGCGUUCAAUAUGAACAGAAGCCGAAUAUUAGCCUUCAAGAACAAACCACCUACCCUGGUCGACCCAAUCCCGUUAUUUUCAUCAUCAUCUGCUCAUCUCUCUGAACCUGUGAAGCCCCAGCGACACAUUCCUCAGAGACCAGAGAGGACAUUGGAUGCCCCUGACAUAGUGGAUGAUUUCUACUUGAAUUUGCUAGAUUGGAGUAGCGACAAUGUGCUUGCAAUAGCUCUUGGAAGAUCUGUAUUUCUUUGGAAUGCUUCAAAUGGUUCCAUCUCAGAACUAGUCACUGUUGACGAGGAAGAUGGUCCUGUCACUAGUGUCAGCUGGGCAUCUGAAGGAUGUUACAUCGCGGUAGGCUUGACCAAUUCUGACGUCCAGAUAUGGGACUCUGCUACUGAUCGAAUGCUAAGAACAUUCAAAGGCCAUCGAUUGCGAGUAGAUUCACUGGCCUGGAAUAAUCACAUACUUACAACUGGAGGAAUGGAUGCUAAGGUCAUUAACAAUGAUGUGAGAAUAAGAGAGCACAUUGUUGGAAUAUAUAGUGGACACCAACAGGAAGUUUGUGGACUGAAAUGGUCAGCUUCGGGUAAGCAAUUAGCAAGUGGAGGGAACGAUAACCUUCUGUUCAUAUGGGAUAGAUCAAUGGCCUCCUCAAAUUCAACAACACAUUGGCUUCACAGGCUUCAAGAUCACACAGCAGCUGUGAAAGCGCUUGCUUGGUGUCCCUUCCAGAGCAAUCUGCUAGCCUCUGGUGGGGGUGGGACUGAUAGGUGUAUCAAAUUUUGGAACACACACACUGGCGCAUGCUUGAAGUCAGUGGAUACUGGCUCACAGGUUUGUGCUCUUGAGUGGAACAAGCAUGAGCGAGAAUUGCUUAGCUCUCAUGGAUUUGCAAAGAACCAACUCAUUCUGUGGAAAUAUCCGUCCGUUAUAAAGAUGGCAGAGCUCAGUGGUCACACUUCUCGAGUCCUCUUUAUGACUCAGAGUCCAGAUGGGUACACGGUGGCAUCUGCAGCAGGUGCCCCUGUGGCACCUGCAUUCUACCAUGACAGCCUGCUUGGUCGAGCAAAUCACACCUUUUGCCUUUGCCUGAGCUUUACUUCUCAGCUGGAGUUCCAACUUGAAGCAGGCAAAGAGUUCAAACUUCAAAGACCAAAUCUAGGCAAUAAUGGAUUCUUAAAUAACGUUACUGCUGCUAUUUGGCGUUCCCGGCCGCCAGAGGAUCGGUUGCCUCCUCCUAAAGGAGAAGGUAAUAGCAAUAAUAAUGGUGAUUCGAAAGAGGGUCCGGUUGGUGGAUCAAAAAAUUCUGAGGGUUCUAUAAAAGGAUCAAAUGAUAAUCCACCAAUACCGGUCCAGAACACCCCGCCUCAACCAGUUAAAAUGCCCAAUGAGGCGCCACCACCUAAAGUCAUUGAGCAUGAAACAUCUAUUAAGCCGGAAUUGAGAGAAGUGGGAAUUGGUCAGCCAGGAGGGGAGCAGAAGGAGAAGAAACCUACUCAUGUUAAAAGGGUUUCGAGUAUAGCACUUCAAAUGGAAUCCGUGUUAGGGAGGAAAACUGGGAAUUUGAAGGAUAUUUAUAGUUUAGGGAGGAAGCUUGGACAAGGGCAAUUUGGGACUACAUUUCUUUGUGUUGAGAAGGCGACUGGGAAGGAGUUUGCUUGCAAAUCCAUUGCGAAGAGGAAGUUGACGACGCAGGAGGAUGUGGAUGAUGUUAGGAGGGAGAUUCAGAUAAUGCAUCAUUUGGAGGGUCAUCCUAAUGUAAUAAAAAUUGUGGAUGCUUAUGAGGAUGCUGUUGCAGUUCAUGUCGUUAUGGAACUUUGUUCAGGUGGGGAGCUUUUCGACAGAAUUGUUCAGAGGGGGCAUUAUACGGAAAAAAAGGCAGCUGAGCUUGCAAGGUUAAUUGUUGAUGUUGUGGAAGCAUGCCAUUCUUUGGGAGUUAUGCACCGGGAUUUGAAGCCUGAGAAUUUUCUGUUCAUCAGCCAGGAGGAGGAUUCGACACUUAAAACGAUAGACUUUGGCCUCUCAGUGUUCUUCAGGCCAGAGGAGAACAGUGUAGGUUCAUUUUUGCUUGAGCAUCCUGUUACUGAGACAUUCUUACUUACCAAACGCAGAGGAUAUGCUGCUAUGUUCAAAGCAUACUUAUCUUCUUUCAUUUCUCUUAGGUUUGAAGCUGCCAAUUGUGGGCUACGCGAAACUUUCACAGACGUAGUUGGAAGCCCCUACUAUGUAGCUCCAGAAGUGUUGCGGAAGCUAUAUGGUCCAAAAUGUGAUGUUUGGAGUGCUGGGGUGAUCAUCUAUAUUUUGUUAAGUGGGGUCCCCCCAUUCUGGGAUGAAACGGAACAAGGAAUAUUUGAGCAGGUUUUAAAAGGGGAACUAGACUUUGAAUCAGAACCUUGGCCUAAUAUAUCUGAAAGUGCAAAAGAUCUUGUUCGAAAAAUGCUAGUAAGGGACCCUAAAAGACGUCUGACAGCCCAUGAAGUUCUUUGCCACCCUUGGGUGCAGGUGGAAGGUGUUGCACCUGAUAAACCUCUUGAUCCAGCUGUUCUAAGUCGGCUGAAGCAAUUCUCAGCCAUGAAUAAGCUCAAGAAAAUUGCCAUCCGAGUCAUUGCUGAAAGCCUCUCUGAAGAGGAAAUUGCAGGUCUGAAAGAAAUGUUCAAGAUGAUAGACGCAGACAAUAGUGGACAUAUCACUCUUGAGGAACUGAAGACUGGUUUGGAAAAAGUGGGGGCUAAUAUCAAGGAUUCUGAAAUUGCUGGGCUAAUGCAAGCUGCUGAUGUUGACAACAGUGGUACCAUAGACUAUGGUGAGUUCGUAGCAGCAAUGCUCCAUCUGAACAAGAUUGAGAAAGAGGAUCAUCUAUAUGCAGCGUUCUCAUACUUUGACCAAGAUGGAAGUGGGUACAUUACUCAAGAUGAGCUCCAACAGGCCUGCGAGAAGUUUGGUUUAGGAGAUGUUCAGUUAGAGGAAAUCAUACGUGAAGUUGACCAAGAUAAUGAUGGGCGCAUCGAUUACAGUGAAUUUGUGGCUAUGAUGCAAGACACAGCGCAAACUGUUGUAAAGAGGAGGCAGGAUUCAGGGAGGUUAAGAGAGUGA